CCACAAGCAUGCUUACCAGCAGUUUUUAAGCGAUUAGGCUGCAUCGAUAGCGUCUACUAAAACUAGCUGUUCUCUGUGAACAUUAAUGCAUUAAUCAUAUAUUUUAGAGGACCUUCCGUUUACAUCAUCAUCGGGCUGAAUCAUUCCUUGAAUACCUUGCUAGACUAACUUCCUAUGAACUUAUUGUCCUUCUCUUCAUUCGCCUACGGUGGACGACGGGUUUUCGGUGAUGUCUAAUGUCUAAUGGAUAUAAUAUAAGAACAGAGAAAAUGGUUUUAUUGCUCCGGGACACAGACGAAACCUUACUGAAUCCAGGCACCAGUUAUCCGACUGCGAUUACUGUGUGCCACGGAUAUGCUCCGGUUAGUUUGGUUUAUGCGUGUUCCCUCUCAGGCGAGAGGAACAACUCGGCUGUGGGUUUGUGUGAUUGGCUCGAACAGUGACUGGGGUUGACUGAUGUCCAGGGGAGAAUGUCUCGGGACGCGUUAAUCAAUAUUAGUUUAGCACUGUAAGAAAAUGAUUGCGUUUAUAUUUUUACUCUCAGCGUCACGAACGCAUCUUCAUGCAAAUCCUCGGCUGGCGGGCUACAGAUCGGACUCGUGAGCAUGAGCGGACGUUUGGAAUCCUGCGUUAGGUGUAUCUUAUUAUUUUGGUUUCCACGAGAGCGUCUUCAGAAACAGUUGUGGAGUACUAAUAUGGAUAAAAUUAAUUUAACCCUUUUUAAAAUAUUUGGAUGACCAACGUUUUCUUGGAGAUCUUUUCCACAUGUAAGUGAUAUAGACAAAUGUGUCAAAUCCUUAUUUCUAAUCUCUAAAAUUGGCUUUGGGAAGGCACAAUAAUUUGUUUUUGUGAAUAAUAGGCUAUUAUAAACUUAUAUGAACUCAACUGCUUAUAGUAUUGCUCACAAUAAAGACAUAUUUACAUUUAGUAAACUAAAAUGUAAUGUAAUAUGCUACCAACAACCUGUGAGCUGAAGAAACCAAAGAACAUACUGAGAACCACCUGCUUGAAAUGCAAAAAAGUGUGAAAAUUAAAACUAAGAACAAAAACAACAGAGAUGAAUUAAAAAUGAAUUAUAGCAUAAUACAAUGAAAACCAGUAUCUCUAAGAGAUACUUUUAACCUAGGGGCCAAGGCUUUUUGUGGCAUUUUUAAAAGAACUUUGAGAGGUGAAUAGAGUGGAAAUUUGAAGGAAAAAAAAAAUGUUUUGGAGGAUGGCUUGCAGAGAAGGUGCAUGGAGGUCCAUAGCAUGCUCUAUAUUUUUACUGACAUUGUUAGCAGUGGGAACUGCUUUCUCUGGUGUUUUUAAUGCUUCCGACAAGAAUAUUUUUAGUGAGUUUGGGCAGUUCCGACUUACAGAAAACCAGGCACCGCAGCUACAGAAACUUCAAGCCACUAAUUUUCACCCUAGCUUGUAUUUCAACCAAGUGGAUGUACAGCUCAUGAGACAGAGGUCCACUACAACCCACAGCCAGAUUUUCAAAGUUAUCCGUGCUGCUGUGCUGACCAUGCUCUCGAACGUUCCUCUCUACAUGCCGCCUGCAAAGCACGAUGAGUUUGCCAGCAAGUGGAAUGAGAUCUACGGUAACAACCUCCCACCUCUGGCUCUGUACUGUCUGCUCUGUCCUGAGGAUUCAGCCGCCUUGCAGUUCUUGAUUAAAUUCAUGGACCGCAUGGUGGAGUACCCGCACUGGAAAGUGACCAGCGCACUUAAUGAUGAGGUGCCAGUGGCUCACUCGCUUACUGGAUUUGCGACCGCUUUUGACUUUAUCUACACCUCCUUGGACCAGCAGCGCCGUGAUCUGUAUCUCAGCAGGAUCCGGCGGGAAACUGAAGAGCUGUAUGAGACAUCCAAAUAUCGCGGGUGGGGGAAACAAUUUCUUCAGAAUCACCAGGCAACUAACAUUUUAGCCAUCCUCACUGGUGCCAUAGUUGUAGGUGCACACGGUGACCCAGAGACUAUGAUAUGGAAACAAGUGUGUGUGAAUUAUAUGGAGAAGACCAUGUUUCUCCUGAAUCAUGUUGUGGAUGGAUCUUUAGAUGAGGGUGUGGCAUAUGGAAGCUACACUGCAAAGUCAGUCAUGCAGUAUGUGUUUCUGGCACAGCGCCACUUCAAAAUCGACAACACACAGAACAACUGGCUCCGCACACAUUUCUGGUUCUACUACUCCACAUUGCUUCCAGGUUUCCAAAGGACAGUGGGGAUAGGGGACUCUAAUUACAACUGGUUUUAUGGACCAGAGAGCCAGUUAGUUUUUUUAGACAGUUUUGUGAUGAGGAAUGGCACAGGGAACUGGCUAGCACAGCAGAUUAGGAAGCACAGACCUAAAGAUGGUCCAAUGGGUCAGUCCUCUGCACAGAGAUGGACUACUUUACAUACAGAGUUCAUCUGGUAUGAUGCCCAUCUGACACCACAGCCUCCGCAUGGGUAUGGCAGAGCUAAGAUGCACAUUUUCUCAAACUGGGGUGUAGUGACUUACGGAGCGGGUUUACCUGUUGCUCAGAGCAACACAUUUGUCUCCUUUAAAUCCGGUAAGAUGGGUGGACGGGCAGUGUUCGACAUUGUCCAUGCAAAACCCUACUCAUGGGUAGAUGGUUGGAACAGUUUCAACCCUGGCCACGAGCACCCAGACCAGAACUCAUUCACUUUUGCCCCUAACGGACAAGUGUUUGUAUCUGAGGCACUGUAUGGCCCAAAAUAUAGCUACUUGAACAAUGUGCUUGUGUUCAGUCCCUCCCCAACAAGUCAGUGCAACGCCCCCUGGGAGGGCCAGCUAGGGGAAUGUGGCAAGUGGCUGCGCUAUACUGAUGAAGGCGUGGGUGACUCUGCAGGAGAGCUUAUAGCAGCAUCUUCACACAGAGACACCAUGUUUGUGAGUGGUGAAGCCGCUGCCACUUAUUCCCCAGCCAUGAGACUAAAGAGUGUAUACAGAGCACUAGUGCUCCUCAAUUCACAGACUCUCCUGGUGGUCGAUCAUGUAGAAAAAUGGGCCGACUCGCCAGUGAAUACCCUCAGUGCAUUUUUCCACAACUUGGACAUUGACUUUAAGUAUGUGGCUUACAGGUAUAUGGACAGGUAUAAUGGGGCUUUGAUGGAUGUUUGGGAUGCGCAUUAUAAAAUGUUCUGGUUUGAUAGCCAGGGAUAUAGCCCAAACACACGAAUACAGGAGGCAGAGCAGGCAGCGGAGUUUAAAAAGAGAUGGACGCAGUUUGUCAAUGUCACUUUCCCUGUGACGGGUGCAGUAGGCAGGAUGGUCUAUGUGAUGCAUGGGCCUUACGUUCAAAUCUCUAACUGUCGUUUCAUUGAUAGUGGUAAAAACGGCUUCAGACUGUCUCUUAUCAUCAACAGCACUGAAAAAAUUGUUUCGAUAGCAACCAACUACAAAGACAUAAGAGCACGUUCAAGUUAUCUGGGCUUUGGGGGUUAUGCCAAAGUCGAGGACCAAUAUCAGAUUAUCCGCUUUGGCUUGGGAGCUCAGCUCAUUCCCAAGCAGGCGACAGUAGAUAGCCAGCUUUUUGAUUUCGGAUUCACAGUGAACAUGGUAGCAGGAGUGAUAUUGUGCGUGGCGAUUGCCUUCCUCACCCUGCAACGCAAGUUUUAUGUCUGCUUCACCAGACUAAUGCGCUACGCCCUCUUCUCUGUACUAAUGCUGUGGAUCAUUGAGCUCCUGUUACUCUCACACAGCUGUGAUCAGCUGUUGUGUGGCGUGAAGUGGAAGAGUGCCACCACUGACCCUGACCUGGGCAAUCAGAUGAGGCUGUAUGACCAGUACCGCUUCCCGUUGCCCACUGUGGUCAUCACAACCCUGCCAGGCUCCGGCUCGGACAUCCUUAAGCACCUUUUCUACAACAAUUCAGACUUCGUAUACCUACGGGUCCCAACAGAACACCUGGACAUACCCGAAACGGAGUUCGAGUUUGACUCCUUGGUGGACGCUUGUGAGUGGACAAGAUCAGAUGCUCAGCAAGGCCGCUUUAAGAUGAUCCAGGGCUGGCUGCAUUCACUGGUGCACAACACUCACCUGCACCUUCAGAACAUCCCACUGUAUGAGUCAACCAGAGUAAAGCAGGUCCAGAGAGCCAGUCCUCCCCACGAGAAGCGAAAAAAGGUGAGAAGGCUGAUGAAUGAGGUGAGAGGGAGGGUGAAAGCCAGCUCAGACGGAGAUGCUGAGUAUGUGCUGGAGAUGAGGAGGCACACAGCCGAGUAUCCCAAUGCUCGUCUUGUCCUCAAUCUCCGCAGCGGUAGCUGGGCUCUCAAACUUCCUUUCCUUCAGGAGGUCAUUGGCCCUUCCCUUAGGGCCGUCUAUGUGGUCAGGGACCCUCGUGCAUGGAUCUAUCUCAUGCUGUAUAACAGCAAACCCAGCCUCUAUUCCCUCAAGAACAUCCCUCAGCACUUGGCACUCCUGUUCAAAGGAGACAUCACCCGGGAGAGGUGCCCGGCUUUUGCUUCUGAGUUCACGAUGCUGUGGCGACUGCUGUCCCGAUCUGAGGCCAACCCUGUACUGCUGUUGGCCCAUUUAUGGUUGGCACACACUGCUGCAGUGCUCCGGAUUACAGCCACUCUACCCGAGGAAGGCUACCUGCAGGUGAGAUUUGAGGAUGUGGUGAACUUCCCGGAGGAGACAGCCGAGAGGAUACACUCCUUCCUGGGGGUCCCACUGACACCCUCAGCCCUGAACCAACUCAUGUUCACCACCUCAACAAACCUGUACAAUCUUAUGUAUGAAGGGGACAUAUCACCAGCUAACAUCAACAUGUGGAGACAAGACAUGCCGAGGAAAGAUAUCAGACUCAUUGAGGACACGUGUGGGUUUGUGAUGAAGAAACUUGGUUACUCCAGGUUCAGUAAUUGAAUUAUUUGCUGCAGGUCAGCUGCUGUUUUGAGAUUUCUUGUACUGUGGCCAUUAUUAUUAUUAUUAUUAUUAUUAUUAUUAUUAUUAUUAUUAUUUUGUGCUGUACUUUGUAUUUUUGCACUGAUGAUUAACAAAAGAGAUUUAGGAAACAUAGUAGAAUAUAAUGGUUCAAAAUGUUUUAUCCUGUAGUCUGUGAUGCAUUAUGAUCAAAUCUGGUACCUUGUACUGCCUAGUUGGUGACAUUUUAUAUUAAAAUGCAUCAAGGAAAUGCUCAGAAAUUCCUUUUCCUUUAUGCCUUGAUUUCCUUAUGAGAAAGCCACUUAAAGCACUCAUAUUUGAGUGACUUAUUUGAGUGUACUGUUCACAGUCUGAUGAGCAGUUUCGUACUUAGUAACCCCCAAAAAUGUAUUCUGCAAUGUCAAAGGUCAUUAUUUUUUUAAAAGCUGUAAAUGUUUAUAGUGCUUUUGUUUUAUCAGAUAUUAUACCUACAUUAUGAAAAAAGAAAAAGUCAUUUUCUUUUUUAAUCACUCAUUUUUGUUUUUGAAAUUCUUUAGCCUACUAUUAUAUAGACUAUUAUAAGAACUCCACCCAUACUCUUUUUAGAAACCAAAAGGCUUCUUGGAUUAGUAAUUGACCGAAUAGUAAGAUCUGCAUAAGUUAUGAGUGUUCGCUGUGGUCUCAAGAAUAGAACACUUUCCAGCUCAAAGCUUUCAACCAUCAUAUGUGAGCCCCAGAGUUUGAAACAAUGACAUUUUAUAUUGUGGCUUAGAAAAAAGUAUAUAUUGCAUCCUGCUCAAAAAGGACUAUUGCACUCAGAGUAAAACAAAUAAAUAAAUAAAUUAUUGAAACCUCUAACAGUAGCUUCAACAUAUUUUUGAUGAGGAUCAUGUUGAGAUCAGACAUUGUGUCUCUCAGACUAUUAGUGAUUCCAAAGAAUGUCUAGAACUAGUCACACUAAUUCUGAAAAAAAAAAACAAGACCUCAAUGUGGCUUUAUAGUAGUCUAAUCUACUACUUGGCCCCAGGAGAAAUGCAAAUGAUAUAGUAGAGUUUUUAUUUCCUGCCUAACCUCAUCAGAUAUCCAAUGGACUUUCAGACCAUUGUCCCAAAUUGGAAAUGCAAAGGGGACAGGCAUUUGCACUGGAUACACAUAGCCUGUAGAUGGGGAAAAUGAAUUGUGUAAUGUCUUAUUUUAGGCAAGUCUGAUAUAUAAUCUUUGUAAUAACUGCACAUGAAAAACUUAGUACAAAGAAACAGUAACAAAGUAUAGUUUCUUGAACUCUGAAUAACCCAUUUAGGCUUGUAUAACAUAAUGCAUUGAACCUGACCUGUGGCAUUUAUGAAGAAACACUGUUAACAGUAUGUGAAAUUUAAGUUGACAAAAGAUUAAAUGAGAUUUUUUCAAUCCACUUCUUGGGUUACUCAAGCCUGUCCAAAUGAUUGCUUCAUUCCAAAUCUUACCUUGCUAUGUAAGUAAGGUGAGCAAGAUCUAUGGAGUCCCUGAUUUGUUACAAGCCAUAACUGAGCAAAAAUCUGCAGUGGCUGAGAAUCCCCAUGGAUUGGAUUGAUAACCUCUGAUUUAAAUGAAAUUAUACUGUAGUUCACUGAGUUUUCUCUUGUCUCUUUACAGCUGUGUACAAGCGGAUAUGUUGCUUGUCUGCUUGGUUGUUUUAAUGUUGUGGUCUGUGUGUACAUUUGCAAAUCAAGCUCUCCCUCUCAUAUGUUAAACCGCUUCCUUUUGUACUUCUCUCUGUUUGUAUGUGUCUCCAAGGUUCUGUGGCCUUGAAUCUCAAAGGUUUUCUUAAACAUGGCUUUCACAUGACUUUGCUUUAUUCACAGAUGGCUGAUGUCUCUAUGGCAAAUAAAGAUAAUUUAUGACCAAA